GCUCCGCGGCGGCAGCCAACCGCCGGAUUUGAAUCAGGUCGGCGCUCUGCGGCUGUGUCGGCGGGAUGGGCGCUUCGUCGUUGCCCCCUGCCUGGCAGCUCUACCUCAAGGACCACCGCAUCUCUACGUUCAAGAACUGGCCGUUCUUGGAGGGCUGCGCCUGCACCCCGGAGCGGAUGGCCGAGGCCGGCUUUAUCCACUGUCCCACUGAGAACGAGCCCGACUUGGCCCAGUGUUUCUUCUGCUUCAAGGAGCUGGAAGGCUGGGAGCCAGAUGAUGACCCUAUAGAGGAGCAUAAAAAGCAUUCAUCUGGUUGUGCUUUCCUUUCUGUAAAGAAGCAGUUUGAAGAAUUAACCCUCAGUGAAUUUUUGAAACUGGACAAAGAAAGAGCCAAGAACAAAAUCGCAAAGGAAACCAACAGUAAGCAGAAAGAAUUCGAAGAGGCGGCCAAGAGAGUGCGCUGUGCCAUCGAGCAGCUGACUGCGGUGGAGUGAGGCCUCUGCCGAGCGCACUGCUCCCGGCCUGACCCUUUCCCAGCGCCUCAGGGAAGGAGAACGUCCACGAUUUGAAAUUAGAAUAUUUAAGCUAUACUUUUGGUUUUUUCUUGAACGUGGUACCAGAGGCUGCUUCUGUUUGUGCAGCUGGUGCUGCUAAGUCCAGUAACCGAUUCUCUCAUUUUUCCUUGGUAGUUUUUGCGCCAUUGGUUCCUGGACUUGCCAGGGUGAGAAGGUGAGAAGCGUGUUCUCGUGGGCAGAGCCCUUCCACAGUGAAGCACCGGGGCUUCAGGUCGACGGCCCGCUGUGGAGCCUGAGAUUUGAUGCCCGAAUGUAAUCAUAGGUCUGUUGUGACUGGACAAAUAGAGAAUUAAGGAUACCAUUUUAGAUUUUAUCUGUCUAAUAUUCUGAAUUUAGGGUGUGCAUUUCUUGUGUUCCUGCUACUCUGUAUUAUCUCGCCGGGCUAUCUACAAGUCCUGCGGCCGUCCUUCUACCCCGUCCAGAGCAGAUCCCCUCCUUCCCUCCAGAGCAG